AUGCUAACCCAAAACAUUGUCGCGCCUCCUUCCAUAUUGCCAGUUUUUUCAUUUGAAUCAUCUAAAUAUCAAUUGAAUCAUCUCAAUUAUAGACUUGCAAAUCCGGGCAGCAGAAAGCUUAAGGUUUCGAGACUCAGGGCUAACUUUUGGGACUCCAUAAGAUCUGGGUUCUUGAAGGACAACUCAACACAAGUUGUUGAAUCACCUUCUACACUCCACGAAGAGGAAGAACCACAGCCUGAAGAGUUUGUUCUUGUGGAAAAGACUGAAGAAGACGGAGCGAUUGAGCAAAUAAUAUUCUCUUCUGGCGGAGAUGUUGAUAUUUAUGAUCUGCAGACCCUAUGUGAUAAGAAAACACCUGGAUCAGAGGGGAAUGACCAAAAGAAGCUAAUUGGCAUGGCUCGUGCUACAUCUGAUCACGCCUUCAAUGCUACAAUUUGGGAUGUUCUGGUUGAUCCUAGCUAUCAGGGCCAAGGCUUUGGUAAGACACUUGUUGAAAAGCUUAUUAGAGCUCUUCUACAAAGGGAUAUUGGCAACAUAACACUGUUUGCAGAUAGUCAAGUCGUAGACUUCUAUCAGAAUUUGGGUUUUGAACCUGAUCCUGAGGGCAUUAAAGAUGGCGAGGCUAAGAUUCUGUCUAUUUGCAGUCCUAGUUGCUUUGCUACAAUGUUGCUUUAUUCUGCUUUCUUCAGCACAGAAAACUCAUCCAUCGGAAGUGCUUUGCUAGCAGUCCGUCGUAAGCUCAGGGACAGUCAAAAGAAUCUUUAUGGCUGGAAAAAGGGUGAUCCUUGUGUAUCGAAAUGGACAGGAGUAAUCUGCACCUUGGAUCAAAAUGAUGGUUACCUUCAUGUCCAAGAAUUGCGUAUGCUUCGUUUGAAUCUCUCGGGAACCUUAGCUCCUGAAUUUGGUCUUUUAUCAUAUACAAAAAGAUUGAAUUUUAUGUGGAAUAAUAUAAGUGGUAGCAUACCAAAAGAGAUAGGGAAAAUGACUUCCUUGCAGCUCCUGCUUUUGAGUGGAAACCAAAUAUCAGGUCCUUUACCAGAUGAGCUUGGUAAUCUUCCUAACAUAACCAAAUUUCAGCUGGAUCUAAAUCAAAUAUCAGGACCACUGCCGAGAUCAUUUGCAAACUUGAGCAAUGUCAAGCACUUUCAUAUGAACAACAACUCAAUCAGUGGUCAGAUUCCACCAGAACUUGGAGCAUUACCUAAACUCAUACACUUCCUGUUGGAUAAUAACAACUUGUCAGGCUAUCUUCCACAAGAGCUUUCAAAUAUGCCAAAGCUGACGGUUUUCCAACUUGAUAACAACAACUUCAAUGGAACAGAGAUCCCAGCUUCUUAUGGCAACAUGUCCAAACUGUUGAAAAUGAGUCUUAGGAACUGCAACUUGCAAGGAUUUGUUCCCGAUCUGAGCGACAUACCAGGCCUUCUCUACUUGGAUCUGAGCUCAAAUAAAUUAACUGGAAGCAUCCCAACAAAUAAGCUUUCUGAUAAUAUCACAACUAUGUUACUUAAGAACAACAAGCUGAGUGGUGAUGUUCCCACUAACAUUUGGCAGAAUUUGACUCUUGGUUCAGCUGCAAGACUUAUCUUGGAUUUCCGGAACAAUUCACUUUCAAAUAUUUCAGGCAUCAUAAAUCCUCCUGCAAACAUUAGCGUCAGGCUUCGAGGCAAUCCUGUUUGUCAAAGAGCAAAUGAGCUAAACAUAGUCCAGUUCUGUGGAGGCCAGACCAGAGAUACCGAGGCUCCUGGAAGCUCGAAUAACUCAACUGAAGACUGCAAAGCUCAAUCUUGUCCCACUGAUGAUAAUUUUGAAUACGUUCCAGAAUCUCCUGUUAGCUGCUUCUGUGCUGCACCUCUUGGAAUUGGACUACGCUUGAGAAGUCCCAGUAUAUCAGAUUUUCGACCAUAUAUUUUCCAAUUUGAGCUUUGGAUAACCUCCAAUCUUGAUUUGAAUCGUUACCAACUAGUGAUCGAUUCAUUCAUAUGGCAAGAAGGUCCACGGUUAAGGAUGUAUUUAAAAAUCUUUCCUUCUUAUAGUAAUGUUACUUCAAAAUUCAGCACAAGUGAGAUUCUACAGCUCACAGACCAGUUUGCUACAUUUUCCAUUCCUGGCGACGAUACAUUUGGCCCAUAUGAUUUACUCAAUUUCACGCUCCUUGGACCUUAUGCAAAUGCUUCGAAACUUCCAAUUAAAACUGAAAGUGUGAAAGAGUUCAGUUUUCUGGAACUUGAGAUGGCAACAAACGGUUUUAAUAUCGGCACUAAAAUUGGGGAAGGAGGCUAUGGAAAGGUCUAUAAAGGCAUCUUAGCUGAUGGUACAAUAGUGGCCAUCAAGCGUGCACAUGAAUGCUCCUUGCAGGGUCAGAAAGAGUUCUUCACUGAAAUAGAACUAUUGUCACGCUUGCAUCAUCGCAACUUGGUGUCAUUGGUUGGGUAUUGUGAUGAACAAGGCGAGCAGAUGCUAGUGUAUGAAUUCAUGCCUAAUGGUUCCCUUGGAAACCUCCUCUCUGGUAAAUUCAAAAGACCUGCGAGUUUUUCUAUGAGGAUGAAUAUUGCUUUGGGUUCAGCCAGGGAUUUUGGAAUCUCAAAGCUUGCACCAGUGCAAGAUUGUGAAGGAGUUGCAUCUCAUAUAUCCACAAUUGUGAAAGGCACACCGGUUAAUGCAGCGUGUCAAUCUGGGAUAAUGUUCUCCAUCGUAGACCCAAAAAUGGGUCCUUAUCCCUCUGAUUGUGUCAAGAAAUUCAUGGACUUGGCCCUCAAGUGCUGUCAAGAUGAGCCCGAGGAAAGACCAUCAAUGUUGGAAGUGGUUCGCGAAUUGGAGAACAUAUCCUUUAUGCUGCAAGCAUCUGGUCCCAUUUCAUCAGAGUUUGAGCCUUCUGGAAUGUCAGGGGUAGAAUCGCCAGCUCUCUAUACCACAGAGAAACCUUCUGCGUCCUCUGGUUUCCUUGGAAGUGAUCUAGUCAGUGGUGUCUUUCCUGUCAUCAGGCCUCGCUGA